UCUGGUAUCCUGCUGAGGACCAGCUCAGUGACCUAAACAGGAGGUCUGCUUCUGCGUGGUGUCCAGAGAUUUCAGUAUAAAAGACGCACUCCCAGGCUGGUCAGAAGUUUGGGACUAACGGGGCUGCCAUCAAGGAUCCACAUAACAACUCCAUCACUUGGCAUCAAAAAGAGGAGCCAUGAGUACGGACGCUGAAAUGGAGUGUUUUGGCCCGGCGGCCAUAUACCUCCGGAAAUCUGAAAGGGAGAGAGUAGAGUCUCAAAAUACUCCCUUUGAUGCCAAAUCAGCUUAUUACGUGACGGAGCCCACUCAGAUGUAUUUGAAGGGGAAACUAGUGAAAAACGAGGGUAGCAAAGCUACCGUUGAAGUUAAGGGUGGAAAGACUCUCACUGUGAAAGACACAGAAAUCUUCCCCAUGAAUCCUCCAAAGUACGAUAAGAUUGAAGACAUGGCCAUGAUGACCCACCUCAGUGAGCCUUCUGUGCUGUAUAACCUCAAAGAGCGCUAUGCAGCAUGGAUGAUCUACACCUACUCAGGGCUGUUCUGCGUCACUGUCAACCCCUACAAGUGGCUCCCAGUGUACGACUCAAAGGUUGUCGCAGGAUACAGAGGCAAAAAGAGGAUUGAGGCUCCACCCCACAUCUUUUGCAUCUCUGAUAACGCCUAUCAGUUCAUGCUCCAAGAUAGAGAAAACCAGUCCAUCCUGAUUACCGGAGAAUCCGGUGCAGGAAAGACUGUCAACACCAAACGUGUCAUCCAGUACUUUGCGACAAUCGCAGUAGCUGGAGGAAAGAAAGCAGAGGAGCAGGCUAGCAAGAUGAAGGGGUCACUGGAGGAUCAAAUCAUUGCAGCAAACCCACUGCUGGAGGCGUAUGGUAAUGCCAAAACUGUGAGGAAUGACAACUCAUCCCGCUUUGGUAAAUUCAUCAGAAUCCAUUUUGCAACAUCGGGGAAGUUGGCCUCAGCAGACAUUGAGACAUAUCUGCUGGAGAAGUCUCGAGUGACGUUCCAGCUGAGUGCUGAGAGGAGCUACCACAUCUUCUAUCAGCUCAUGACGGGCCACAAACCUGAGCUGAUAGAGGCUCUCCUCAUCACCACCAAUCCUUUCGACUAUCCCAUGAUCAGUCAGGGUGAAAUCACUGUCAAGAGUAUUGAUGACAUUGAGGAGUUCGUCGCCACUGAUACUGCCAUCGACAUCCUGGGCUUCACUGCUGAUGAGAAGAUCGGCAUUUACAAGCUGACUGGAGCUGUGAUGCAUCACGGAGGAAUGAAGUUCAAGCAGAAGCAGCGUGAAGAGCAGGCUGAGCCCGAUGGCACCGAGGUCGCCGACAAAAUCGGCUACCUCAUGGGCCUGAACUCAGCUGACGUCCUGAAGGCUCUGUGCUACCCCAGGGUGAAAGUCGGAAAUGAAUAUGUGACUAAAGGCCAGACUGUGCCUCAGGUCAACAAUUCGGUCAAUGCUCUCUGCAAGUCUGUCUAUGAGAAAAUGUUCUUGUGGAUGGUCGUCAGAAUUAAUGAGAUGCUGGAUACAAAGCAGCCCAGACAGUUCUUCAUUGGUGUGCUGGAUAUUGCCGGGUUUGAAAUCUUUGAUUAUAACAGCUUGGAGCAGCUGUGCAUCAACUUCACCAAUGAAAAGCUGCAACAGUUUUUCAACCACCACAUGUUUGUCCUCGAGCAAGAAGAGUACAAGAAAGAGGGAAUUGAAUGGGAGUUCAUUGAUUUUGGUAUGGACUUGGCUGCCUGCAUUGAGCUGAUUGAGAAGCCAAUGGGCAUCUUCUCCAUCCUUGAAGAGGAGUGCAUGUUCCCCAAGGCAACAGACGUCACGUUCAAGAACAAGCUGUAUGACCAGCAUAUUGGUAAAAGCGCUCCCUUCCAGAAGCCCAAACCUAGCAAAGGCAAAGCUGAGGCUCACUUUGGUCUGAUGCACUAUGCCGGCACUGUUGAAUACAGUGUCAAUGGAUGGCUGGACAAGAACAAAGACCCCCUGAACGACUCAGUGGUUCAGCUCUACCAGAAGUCUUCAGUCAAACUGUUGGCUCUCCUCUAUGCAUCACAUAACGCAGCAGAAGAUGGUAAAAGUGGAAAGAAGGGUGGUGGCAAGAAGAAAGGUGGCUCCUUCCAGACAGUAUCAGCUCUCUUCAGGGAAAACUUGGGCAAGCUGAUGACCAACUUAAGGAGCACUCACCCACACUUUGUGCGCUGUUUGAUUCCCAAUGAAUCCAAAACACCAGGUCUCAUGGAGAACUUCCUGGUCAUCCACCAGCUGAGGUGUAACGGUGUGCUGGAAGGUAUCAGGAUCUGCAGAAAGGGUUUCCCCAGCAGAGUCCUCUAUGGUGACUUCAAGCAGAGAUACAAAGUAUUGAAUGCCAGUGUUAUCCCCGAUGGACAGUUCAUCGACAACAAGAAGGCCUCAGAGAAACUGCUGGAAUCCAUCGAUGUGGAUAAAUCACAGUACAAAUUUGGCCACACCAAGGUAUUCUUCAAGGCUGGACUGCUGGGUACUCUGGAGGAGAUGAGGGAUGAGAAACUGGUUGAGCUGGUCAGAAUGACUCAGGCUCUCUGCAGAGGUUUCCUCAUGAGGAGAGAGUUUGUCAAGAUGAUGCAGCGAAGGGAGGCCAUUUACUCCAUCCAGUACAACAUCCGCUCAUUCAUGAAUGUCAAAACCUGGCCAUGGAUGAAGCUGUACUUCAAGAUCAAGCCUCUGCUGAAGAGUGCAGAGACUGAAAAAGAGAUGGCGCAAAUGAAAGAGGACUUUGCAAAGAUGAAAGAGGAUCUAGCAAAGGCUCUGUCUAAGAAGAAGGAACUGGAGGAAAAGAUGGUUUCUCUGCUGCAGGAGAAGAAUGACUUGCAGCUGCAAAUUCAGUCUGAAGGUGAAAACCUCAGCGAUGCAGAGGAAAGGUGUGAGGGGCUCAUUAAAUCAAAAAUCCAGUUUGAAGCCAAACUUAAAGAGACAUCUGAAAGACUGGAGGAUGAGGAGGAAAUGAACGCUGAGCUGACUGCAAAGAAGAGGAAGCUGGAGGACGAGUGCUCUGAGUUGAAGAGAGACAUUGAUGACUUGGAGCUGACCCUGGCCAAAGUGGAAAAGGAGAAACAUGCCACUGAGAACAAGGUUAAAAACCUGGUGGAGGAAAUGACAUCUCAAGAUGAAGCCAUUGCCAAGUUGACCAAAGAGAAGAAAGCCCUCCAAGAGGCCCAUCAGCAGACCCUUGAUGAUCUGCAGGCAGAGGAAGACAAAGUCAACACUCUGACGAAGGCCAAAGUCAAGCUGGAGCAACAAGUGGACGACGUCGAAGGUUCCCUGGAGCAAGAGAAGAAGCUCCGUAUGGAUCUGGAGCGAUCAAAAAGAAAGCUUGAGGGAGAUUUGAAACUGGCUCAUGAAUGCAUCAUGGAUCUGGAGAAUGACAAGCAGCAGUCUGAUGAGAAAAUAAAGAAGAGGGACUUUGAGAUGAGUCAGCUUCUUGGCAAGAUAGAAGAUGAACAGUCAAUCAGUAUUCAACUUCAUAAGAAAAUAAAGGAACUGCAGGCUCGUAUUGAGGAGCUGGAGGAGGAGAUCGAGGCUGAGCGGGCAGCUCGAGCCAAGGUGGAGAAGCAGAGGUCUGAUCUCUCCAGGGAACUUGAAGAGAUCAGCGAGAGGCUGGAAGAAUCUGGCGGAGCAACGUCUGUUCAGAUCGAGAUGAACAAGAAGCGUGAGGCCGAGUUUCAGAAGCUGCGUCGUGACCUCGAAGAGUCCACCCUGCAGCACGAGGCCACAGCUGCAGCUCUCCGCAAGAAGCAGGCCGACAGUGUGGCAGAGCUGGGAGAACAGAUUGACAACCUCCAGAGAGUCAAACAGAAGCUGGAGAAAGAGAAAAGUGAAUUCAAGAUGGAGAUCGAUGAUCUCAGCAGCAACAUGGAGUCUGUCGCAAAAUCAAAAGGUAACCUGGAGAAAAUGUGCCGUUCUCUUGAGGAUCAACUGAGUGAAUUUAAGACCAAGAAUGAAGAACAUAUGCGUCAGUUAAAUGAUAUUAAUGUUCAAAGAUCAAGACUGAUGACUGAAAAUGGGGAAUUUGGUCAUCAGUUGGAGGAAAGGGAGUCUCUUGUUUCACAGCUCACAAGAGGAAAACAGGCUUAUAUUCACCAAAUUGAGGAGCUCAAAAGACACCUUGAGGAAGAAGUUAAGGCGAAGAACGCUCUGGCUCAUGCUGUUCAGUCGGCUCGUCAUGACUGCGACCUGCUCAGAGAGCAGUACGAGGAGGAGCAGGAGGCCAAAUCUGAGCUGCAGCGUGCAAUGUCCAAGGCCAACAGCGAAGUGGCUCAGUGGAGAGCCAAAUAUGAGACGGAUGCCAUUCAGCGCACUGAGGAGCUGGAAGAGGCCAAAAAAAAGCUUGCCCAGCGUCUUCAGGAUGCAGAGGAAUCCAUCGAGGCUGUGAAUGCAAAAUGUGGCUCUCUGGAAAAGACAAAGCAGAGACUGCAGGGUGAAGUGGAGGACCUGAUGAUUGAUGUGGAGAGAGCUAAUGCUCUGGCUGCUAACCUCGACAAGAAGCAAAGGAACUUUGACAAGGUUCUUGCAGAGUGGAAGCAGAAAUAUGAGGAGAGCCAGGCAGAGCUGGAGGGAGCUCAGAAGGAGUCUCGCUCAUUAAGCACAGAGAUGUUCAAAUUGAAAAAUUCAUAUGAAGAAUGUCUGGACCACCUGGAGACCCUGAAGAGAGAGAACAAGAACCUGCAACAGGAAAUCACCGAUUUGACCGAACACAUUGGUGAAUCAGGAAAGACGAUUCAUGAACUGGAAAAGGGGAAGAAGACAGCAGAGUGCGAGAAAGCAGAAGUACAGACUGCGCUAGAGGAGGCUGAGGCAACACUGGAGCACGAAGAAUCCAAGAUUAUGCGUGUUCAGCUCGAACUCACCCAGGUGAAGAAUGAAAUUGACAGAAAACUUGCAGAGAAGGACGAGGAGAUUGAGCAGAUCAAGAGGAACAGCCAGAGAGUGAUUGAGACCAUGCAGAGCACUUUGGAUGCCGAGGUCAGGAGCAGGAAUGAUGCCCUGAGAGUCAAGAAGAAGAUGGAGGGAGACCUCAAUGAGAUGGAGAUUCAGCUGAGCCACGCCAACCGCCAGGCCGCUGAAGCCCAGAAACAGCUGAGAAACGUGCAGGGACAGCUGAAGGAUGCGAUACUGCACCUUGAUGAAGCACUGAGAGGUGAGGCGGACAUGAAGGAGCAGGUAGCCAUGGUGGAGCGCAGGAACAACCUGAUGCUGGCUGAGAUCGAGGAGCUGAGAGCUGCACUGGAGCAGACGGACAGAAGCCGCAAAGUGGCUGAACAGGAGCUGGUUGAUGCCAGCGAGCGUGUGGGACUGCUGCACUCUCAGAACACAAAUCUCAUCAACACUAAGAGGAAGUUGGAGGCUGACUUUGUCCAGAUCCAAGGGGAAGUGGAAGAUUCUAUCCAGGAAGCAAGAAAUGCUGAAGAGAAGGCCAAGAAGGCCAUCACUGAUGCCGCCAUGAUGGCAGAAGAGCUGAAGAAGGAGCAGGACACCAGCUCUCAUUUGGAGAGGAUGAAGAAGAACCUGGAGCUGACAGUGAAGGACCUGCAGGUCCGCCUUGAUGAAGCUGAGAAUCUGGCCAUGAAGGGCGGCAAGAAGCAGCUCCAGAAACUGGAGGCCCGGGUCCGAGAACUUGAAUCUGAAGUCGAGGCCGAGCAGAGGCGAGGAGCUGAAGCUGUGAAAGGCGUCCGUAAAUAUGAACGCAGAGUGAAGGAACUGACUUACCAGACUGAGGAGGACAAGAAGAAUAUCGCCCGACUUCAGGACCUGGUGGACAAGCUGCAGCUGAAAGUGAAAUCCUACAAGAGGCAGUCUGAGGAGGCUGAGGAGCAGGCCAACAGUCACCUGUCCAGGUACAGGAAGGUGCAGCAUGAGAUGGAGGAAGCUGAGGAGCGCGCCGACAUCGCCGAGUCUCAGGUCAACAAGCUGAGAGUCAAAAGUCGUGAGAUCGUCAGGGGAAAGGAGGCCGAAGAAUGAGCAUCAGUCGAGACGAAACACGGCACAAGAAAUCAUAAAAUAUGAUCUUUUUGUCUGAUGUGUUGAGUGUGUAUGUGUG